UAGCGGGAAUACAAUUUCCUGAUCUUUCACAACACCGGGAAAUAAAUUAUAAACGUGCGAUAAGCCUUACCUCAAGUUCCGAAAUAGCUAAAAUCAAGUUUCCUUCGGCCGGUUGUGUGAUGUAGUUGCCGCGAGCAACGAGAAACAAUCUCAUACCCAAACGGUAAUUUUUGUUCAUCCCCAAAAAAAAAAAAUUGCGAAAAAAACCCUAAAAAAAGUAGUAGUGUUUUGUGAGUGUAACGUAGUGAUUUAAGCAGAAUCCGUUUAAGUGUAUUUGUUUAGUUGUAAUAAAGUUAAGAAGAAAACCGACAUGAAUAACAUCCCGCCGCAAGGAGUCAUGUUUCCCAUGGGAUCCCUUUACGUGGGCGAUUUGCACCAGGACGUCACCGAGGGCAUGCUUUACGAGAAGUUUUCUACCGCCGGACAGGUUCUUUCACUACGCAUAUGUCGCGACGCAAGAACCAAACAAUCCCUAGGCUAUGGCUACGUGAAUUUCAAUAGUCCGGAGGACGCGGAAAGGGCCUUGGACACGAUGAACUUUGACCCCUUGAAGGGUAAACCGAUUAGGAUCAUGUGGUGUCAGCGCGACCCCUCCUUAAGAAAAUCUGGCAUCGGAAACGUCUUCAUUAAAAACCUGGAUAAGAACAUCGAUAAUAAAGCGAUGUACGACACGUUUUCCGCUUUUGGUAACAUUUUGAGCUGCAAGGUGGCAUUGGACGAGGCGGGUUAUUCCAAGGGUUACGGAUUUGUGCACUUUGAAUCGGAAGAAAUUGCCAAUCGCGCUAUCGAGAAGGUAAACGGCAUGUUACUGAAUGAAAAAACGGUGUAUGUAGGCAAGUUUGUGCCGCGGAUUGAACGGGAAAAGGCUUUGGGGGAGAAGGCGAAGCAAUUCACUAAUAUUUACGUGAAAAACUUUGGGCAGCUGAUGUCGGACGAGCAGUUUUUCGAGAUCUUUUCCAAGUUUGGUAAGGUGACCAGCAGCAUGGUGGCGAGGCAUCCGGAUAAAAGCAGCAAAGGUUUCGGGUUCGUCGCCUAUGAAGACCCGAAGGCUGCCGAGAAAGCCGUACAGGAGAUGAACGGGAGCGAAUUUGAAGGGCGCACCCUGUACGUGGGCAGGGCCCAAAAGAAGGCCGAACGAAUGAACGAGCUGAGGAAGAAAUAUGAGCAGCAACGGAUGGAGAGAUUUAGCAAGUUUCAAGGGGUGAAUGUCUACAUUAAGAACUUGGACGAUUCUUUUACCGAUGAGAGGUUGAAGUCUGAGUUUGAAUGUUUUGGGAAUAUUACUUCCGCUAAGGUGAUGACCGAGAACGGACGGUCGCGUGGCUUUGGUUUUGUUUGCUUUUCAGCCCCCGAUGAAGCGAACAAAGCGAUACACGAGAUGAAUGGAAAAAUUGUUGGUUCUAAGCCGUUGUAUGUUGCUUUGGCCCAGAGGAAGGAGGCUAGGAGGGCCCUGCUUACUAGUCAGUAUGUCGCUAGGGCCCAGGCAGCUAGACAACAAGGUUUACAGUUUGCUGGCGGUCCGCCAUUUCUUAUACCCGCCGUGGCUCAGACGCCCCGCAUUUACGGCCCCACGCCGGCAUUGAGACCCGCGCCCCGUUGGCCCGCUUUGCAAACGAUGCCACGCCCGAACGGCGCUUUCGGGUUACCGCUGCUCGGUACCGCUUACAGGGCUCCGGCCAGACCGGCACCGAUUAGACAACACGCCCGCCCAAUCACAGGUGUGUCCGGACCGACAGCCCGUCCGAAUUCAAAGUAUACGACCAGACACGGCCCGGAUUCACCCAUGCCGGACUCGAGGAUGGUGCACGCCGCGCCCCAAGAACAAAAACAGUUAUUAGGGGAGCAGCUCUUUAGGAUCGUGGAAAAAUUGCAUCCGGAGAUGGCGGGUAAAAUCACGGGGAUGUUGCUGGAAAUUGACAAUUCCGAGUUGUUGCAUAUGAUUAAGAAUCAGGAGUCGCUCCGUGCCAAGGUUGAAGAGGCGAUAGCGGUGUUGGAAGCCCACAAAGCGAACAAAAAAGGAAUGGUCAUUCAGGAUUAAAGGGGAACCCGCUGGGAACAUUUUAUUUGAUGCCGUCCAUCUGUGUUUUUUUUUUUGUUUGCUGUUUUGUUGCGGAUGUUAUAUCAUUAAUUUAUAAGGAUUUUCGUUUUUUAGAAUUAUUACAAUGUUAUCUUUUUUAUUUGGAUGACAAAAAGGUCUUUUUUUGUUGUUGUUUAUAGAAACAAAUGUAAGCCUUUGCUCAAUAAAUUUUAUAUCCACUUUAAUAA